AUGAUACCUACCUCGACGCUGGGUAGCUGCCGAAAGGUUCAGUACAUGACAACGGCUACUGGUGACAACACAGGCUUCCCACUCACCUACAUGGCAUCUCCGCAACCGUUCCCUGCUCAUCAGCUCCUGGCCUACGAGGGCCGCCUAAAUCCUGAGGAGGCCGCUGCCGCCGUCGCCUCCUUUUCUCCCUCCUCAUCCUCCUCCGCCGCCGAACCCAAGACGCUGCCCGUCUUCCAAACCUAUGAUGGUGUGAUCUGCCGUAUCCCCUUCUCCGACAGCUCCUCGCCCAAUGCAACAGCCGUUGGAGUGGAUCGUGUGGCGCCCGGCUACAUGACCCUCAGUCCGGAUUUGUUCAAACCGGAUGUCUACAGGAAACUCAAGUAUGUGUCCGCCGGCAGGGUUUGUAAGAACGAGGGCGCACUGGAGUGGGAACAGCAAACGCCUGUGUUGCGUCGGAAUAGCGACGGUGCGAGCGGAGGAGGAGGAGGAGGAGGAGGAGGAGGAGGAGGAGGAGCGGGAGCAGGAGAAGCAGGAGGAGGAAGAGGAGGGGCAGAGACACAGGCGGAGGAAAUUACGGACGGACGAGAGGGGAUGA